AUGUUUAAAAACCUGAAAAAUCGAUUAGACAGUGAAGCGGAGAAAAUCAAACAAUCAGUUCAACAAUAUGGCGGACAAGUUGCUGCACAAGUUGGACAAUAUAGGCAAGCAAUGAAUGAACAACAGACUACAAAUGAAUCAGGUUCUUCGAAUAGCAAAAAAAUCGGGGAAACUUCAAUUGAUGAUUCCAAUCAAAUCACGGUUAGUAACAGUUCAAGAGGGGCUGAAAUUUAACUUAUCAAAAGUUAUGGUACCAUAAGGGAUUGUUCUCAAAAUGCUAAUAAUAAAGCAUGAAUUUUCUGAUCAAUUAUUAUAGGUAAAAAACAUUUUAACAAAAUUCGAGGAAAGUUUUUUUCUCUAAAGUUAUAUUUUUUACGUUCCAAAAUUACUAUAAUUUUUUUAUAUACUAUUGCUGGUCUUAUCCCAUCUUCAAACGUUUUUUUCUCAGGAAACAUCAAGUGCAAUGAUGAGUGAAAUUCCUGAAGCAGAUCUUCUUGGUCUCGGAUUAUCAGAUAUUCCUCAAUCAACAACAACAAGACAACGAACAUUUUCUGGAGAUUCGACUGAAAGCACAUUUUCUUCACUUCUACAUUCACUUCCAAGUGUUUUGACAUCUGCUCUCGAAACAAUUCCAUCAGAUUCUGAAAGUGUUGCUAGUGACGCAUUUUCAGUUCGAUCUUCAAAUGAUCCAAAUUCAAGACUAAAACAAAAACUUUUGAAUUAUAAAGAAAAAUAUCGAGAUGCAGUUCAACGACAUAACAAAUUAGUGGAUGAUGUGAAUAAUACGAAAAUGGUUUUAGAAAAAACACAAGAUGAAUAUUUGAAAAAAAGUGGAAAGUAUGAGGGAAAAUCAGAAGACGAGUGA